AUGCUUCACCAACGACUCCAGCUCUACACUCAGGGAAAUGACGCCUAUAUCUUCGUCCCCGAUGCAUCUGUCGGUCCGUCUCUGACUAUACACCGCGCUUCUGGAGAACUGGCCCUAAAUUCGCCCCAUGCCCUUCCUCCCUCUGCUCGUCGGUCAAACAAGACCAUAUAUGCAAUCCUUGGAAUAAUAUCACUCUCGCUGUCCGACUACGUUGUUGUAAUAACUGAACGAGAGUUCAAGGGAAAACUACUUGGGCACGACAUUUACCGCGCCGCUGACUACGACUUGCUCCCUCUUGCUCCCAACCUCAACACUUAUAAUCCACCGCAUGCCGUCGAAGCCCAUCUUUUGGCUCUCGUGCGCUCACACCUUGCGAAUGGCGUCUUUCUCUUCAGCUACACGUGGGAUUUGACGCGUCAUCUCCAAGCUCAGUGGCAGACAAGGGAAAAGAGUGGGAACGCGCCAUUUUGGCAGACGGUCGAUGAUCGCUUUUUCUGGAACAAAUAUCUACAAUCCCGACUGAUAGAGCUCACAGUUGGAAACCCAGAUCAAGACCUGAGCCCCUUUAUCAUGCCAGUCAUGUAUGGAACUUUCGACAUCCGAAAGGUCUCGUUGCGUGGACGUACCAUGCAGCUGUGUUUAAUCAGUCGUCGCUCUCGCUUCCGUGCGGGCACUCGAUACUUCAGGCGUGGUAUCGACGAAGAAGGUCAUGUUGCCAACUUCAACGAGACGGAACAAUUGUUGUUGGUCGACGAGGCGGGAGGCAGUGAUCUGGGGACGCAGAUGAGCUUUGUCCAGAUUCGCGGCAGCGUCCCUGUUUUCUGGGCCGAGGUGAAUACCCUCCGAUAUAAACCUGACCUGCAAGUCAUGGAUGACCCAAACACGGCCAACAUGAUGCGCCGGCAUUUGCAAGAACAAGUUGCGACCUAUGGAGAUCAGGCACUUGUGAGCCUGGUGAACCGUAAGGGGUACGAGCAGCCAGUCAAGGAAGCUUAUGAGCGAUAUGUUGCUCAGUUGGACCUUCCCAACGUUCGAUACCAAUACUUCGAUUUCCACAACGAAUGCAAACACAUGCGUUGGGAUCGAAUCAGCGUGCUUAUUGACCAGCUGGAGGACGACUUAGAGAAACAUGGUUACUUCCAUCUCCCUUCCAAUCAACAAGCCCCUGUACUUCUGCAGCGAGGGGUGGUUCGGACCAAUUGCAUGGACAACCUUGACCGUACAAACGUUGUCCAGGCGGCAUUAGCGAGAUGGACUCUUAAUAAGCAACUGCGGUCGUUGGGAAUAUUGAACGACGAUGAUAGCAUUGAUGCCUAUGACCAAGUCAGCCAAGAUUUCAGAGAAAUGUGGGCCGACCAUGCCGACGCUAUUGCACAAGCUUAUGGGGGUUCUGGCGCCUUAAAAUCUGACUUCACGCGAACUGGCAAGCGGACAAGGAAGGGUUUAUUCGACGAUGGCGUCAAGAGCUCGUUACGAUACAUCAAGAAUAACUUUUUCGAUGGCGCUAGACAGGACGGAUUCGACCUUGUGUCAGGUAAAUGGGCGCCUCCCAAAAACCCCGCCAGCUCCAUGUUCCUGGUUACCGAUUCCAGGCCAUUGCUUACUCGGGCGAUGCCGCUCGCUGUUUCGUUUUCUCUGUUCAUGAUCUGUGCAGGCCUCACACUGCCUCGCACCUCUGGUAUGUCUUGUGACGUUGGAGGCCACAAAAAAACACAAGCUAACGGAAUGUUGUACAGACUACUCGCUCUUUUAUUACUUCAUUAUGUGGUUCACCCUCCUUUUCGGCGCUCUUAUUUUUAUAUUUAUCCACGGAAUCGACUACGUCUCUUGGCCACGGCUCGUUUCCUCUUCAGAGUACAUAUACUACAAAGGGCCAGGUUUUCGUUCUGGGCGACAUGGCAUGGGGUUGGGGAAUGGCGAGGGGCCGAAAACGAGAAUGGGGACGACGAUGAGUACCAAGUUGUUGAGGAAGCGGACGGGCAGCGUGGCUCUGGAGGAGGGGGAAAGGAAGCGGGUAGAUUAGUGCUGUCAAGUCGCAACGCCAUCAAACACCUUUUUUUUGUUUGCGUUCUCCCACUAUCUACACCAAAAAUGGCCAAAGCAGGGGUUAAGCGUGCCUCUCCUGGCGCGGACGAGGAGAAAAACCCUCUCGCCAACGUCGACCUCUCUGAGGAAGAUGCCAAAAGCCUGCAACAGUCGCAACGCGACCUUGGCCGUGUCGAGCUUGCCAUGGACCGUCUGGGGCAAACUAAAGUGGGACCCGCCUAUGAACGGCGCCGGGCUGUUGUCAAAAAAAUUUCCAAGUUCUGGCCUGUCGCGCUUAUGAACCACACCCACUUUGCGUACUUUGCGCAACACAGUGCGGAUCAGCUUGCCCUCAGCUAUCUCGAGGACCUCUGGAUCGCGCGCGACCCCGUAGAGCCCCGUUGCUACACAAUCGAAUUCCACUUCAAGGAAAACCCGUUCUUCACCAACACGGUGCUCAAGAAGGAAUACAAGUACAAUGCGCCGCCACCCAACGCGGAGAACGACCAGCCCGACGAGAACGGUAUCACCGAGACGAUGCUUGACUUUUCCUGGGAGCGCGAUGUAGAGGCUCAGGCCUUCAAGAUCGACUGGAAGGACCCCGAGAAGGCGCUGACUAAACUGUACCCGGGCGAGGCCGGUGAGGAUGAAGAUGACGAGCCCGUCGAGCCCGGGACUUUCUUCAACUUUUUCGAAAAGGGCCCUGAUGGCGCUGAGCUCGGGAUAACAAUAGCCAACGAAGUUUUCCCAGAGGCGAUUGAGUACUUCCUCGGGCAGGCAGGUGGGAUGGACGACGACUCUGUUGACUCGGACGAGGAUGACGAUGAUGACGACGAGGCCGAGGAAAUCGACCUCGAGAAGCCGCGGCCCAAGAAGCAGAAGGUUUGAGCGAAAAAAUAUAUUUUUGGAGGAAUCAGGACACAUAGCACUCCGGGAGUUGACAAAAAAAAAAAACGGUGGCCGUUUCGAUUGAUUAUACACCUAAUAAAAGAUUGUACAAGUGGCUCUCUUUUGAGACAAAAAAAAAAAAGAAAGGUGAACUUUUCCUGGAGGUAG